UCAUUUAAAGGGAAAGAAUCAUUCUGAAUCCAGGUUUUGAGAUUAAACAGGAGGAAGAAGAGAGAAAAAUGAAGUAAAGGAGGGUGAGAUUUUAUUCUGAGGUUCACCCUAAGACACUCUCCCUUAGCGGGAUCAGAUCAGAGACAGACGGAGGAGGCUGUGAUCGUCUGGAGUGUUUCUUCACACAGCGACUCGGCUGCUGAGCAGAGAAACGACACCAUGCCAACCGUCAAGAGCAAGAAGAAGAAACCAAAGAAGGAGGUGACUGAUGGAGAGGAGCAGGGAGAAGGGGUGGAGGUGGAGAUGGAGGAAGUGGCCAACAGGAGCCACUCUGACAGUAAAGAGCCUCUGACUCCAGAGCCGCAGGAUCCAGCACCACUCAAGAAGAAGAAAAAGAAGAGGACGCCUACAAUUGAUCAGGAAACAGAGCACGCAGAUGUGCCAAACGGUAACAUGGCCGAGCCGGACGCCGGCGGAGAGGAAAUGAAUGUUGCUGUAACCAGAAAGACAAAAAAGAAGAGGAAGGCGAGGACGGCAGAACACCACAGCAAUGAUCUCGGAGCUGAAGACGAUGAUAUCAUCACAGACGCUCCGUCGCCAAUCCCCCAGCAUUCCCUGUUCUCUGCUCCACACGGACACAGCCAGCCAGUUGGCAAAGUCUUCGUGGAGAGGAACAGGCGUUUCCACCAGGCAGAGCGAGUUGAGCAGCUCCGACACUCAGAGCUGAUGGAGGACUACAUGGACCCCCGACAGCUCUGGACCACCAGAGACGUGGCUAUGAAGGUCCACAGUGGCUUCAGGGUGAUCGGUCUCUUCUCUCACGGGUUCCUGGCUGGUUACGCCGUGUGGAACAUCAUUGUUGUGUACAUACUGGCGGGCGAGCAGAUGACCACGCUGCCCAACCUGCUGCAGCAGUACCACCCUCUGGCCUACCCAGCUCAGUCUCUGCUCUACCUGCUGCUGGCCAUCAGCACCGUGUCUGCGUUCGACAGGGUGAACCUGGCCAAAGCCUCCAUGGCUCUGAGAGGAUUCCUCACUCUGGAUCCUGCUGCUCUCGCUUCUUUCUUAUACUUCAUAGCCUUGAUCCUGUCCCUCAGUCAGCAAAUGACCAGCGAUCGUAUCCACCUCUACCCAACAGCCAAUGAGACGCUGUGGCCUCCAGGGUCGGAGCAGCAGAUCCUGCGGCCGUGGAUCGUAGUGAACCUGGUGGUGGCGCUGCUGGUGGGCCUGGCCUGGGCCGUUGUCUCCACCCGACCCGACAUCGACUACACAGAAGAGUUUUUGAUGACAAUGGAGGUGGAGGGAUUCCCGAGAGGAGACGAGAAUCUGGACAUACCUGCCUGAAAAACCUUUUCCUGUCUGUCUGUCUGUCUGUCUGUCUCAAACCAGCUAUCCUGCC